AUGGCGAAUGGUGGCAGAUAUAAUUUUGCUGAUAUGCAAAACCCUCUAUUUCUUCACCCUUCUGAUGGCCCAACUUCGAUAAGUGUGGCAAAGCUACAGGGUGCAGCUGACUAUCGCAGCUGGAGACGUUCGUUGGAAAUCCAGCUUUCCUCCAAACGAAAGCUUGGUUUCGUGACAGGAACAAUCAUUAAAAACACCACUGAUGAAUCUCAAGGUAUGCAAUGGGAUACUUGUAAUGACCUUGUUAUUUCCUGGUUGCAUAACAAUGUCUCUGAUAAUAUUAGAAAGUCAAUCUUGUUCAUUAACUCUGCUCAUGAGAUCUGGAAACAGUUAGAACGUCGUUUUCAAUUAAGUAAUGGGUCUCGCAAAUACAAGCUCAACAAAGAUUUGUUUGGUAUGUCUCAAAACAGAAAAACUGUAAAUGAAUAUUUUACAAAUUUGAGUAGUCUUUGGGAAGAGAUCGAUUCUAUGAACAUAUUGCCUACGGUGACCACUGUCUCCCCUGAUGUCACUGCUUUGUUGAAAGCCAUAGAAACACAGCGAGAAGAAUCCAAGUUGUUUGUGUUCUUAAAUGGCUUGGAUGAGACCUACAGCUCUCUUCGAAGUCAAAUCUUGAUGCAAAUACCUCUUCCAACUGUGGAGGCUGCUUGUGCUGUUAUACAGCAAGAAGAAUCUCAGAUUGAUGUUUUGUCUACUGGUGAAAUGGAGUACUCAGCAAUGCAGACUAAAGGCCCUGGCUCCAGUGACAAUAAGUCUCCACUGUGUACUGCUUGUGGGGGGAAAGGUCAUGCCUCUGAUAAGUGCUGGUCAGUCACUGGUUACCCAAAAUGA